CGCGGGCUUGUCCUGAUCAUUUCGGCGCGCAAUGUCCGCCCUUCCUUACCAGGUGAGCUCUUCUCCACCAUUUCUGUCGUCGUAUCGCCUGAUUCCUACUCUUUUUCCUACUCCUUCCCCUACUCCUCUCCUGUGGUAACAGAAUCCAUCUAUCUUCCUUGGAGUUUCUGGCCGCGAUUCUAGUUCCCCAUUGUCGCUCUGUCCCCACUUUUCUGCUAAUCUGGCCAGUACGUAGUAGGUAAAACCUCGUUUCAGGCGCGUCUUCUUGCCACAUCUCGAGCCGACAGUGCUCCCCUUCUUGCUGCUUCGUCCCUCCUAUUUAUCGUCUUCUUCUAUCUGCCGUCCUUUCUUCUUCCUCGGUAAUUUCCUCUAUAAUGUAGUCCAGCCACGCACAGUCUUCCGAUCAGCAUUGAUCAAAAGAGGUGCGUGAACGUAGUACCGAGUCUCUUUGCUAGUCUACGGGGGUGGAGAGAGAGAGAGAGAGAGAGAGAGAGAGAGAGAGAGAGAGAGAGAGAGAGAGAGAGAGAGAGAGAGAGAGAGAGAGAGAGAGGGCUGCUUGUUAUUUAUCGUGCAGGUACGUCGUAGGCUUUUUCGCGUUGUGAUUAUAUAUCCUAGCAUCUGUCACUGUCAGCUUGGCUUCUUCUUCUUCUCUUUGUCGGUAGGCCAUCUCUUGGCCUGCCAAGUACUUGAUUGAAUAAAUAUAAAUAGUUACGUUUUAAUUUGACAAUCAGAUGGCUGAAUAUAGCAUCAAGCUCGAGUGAAUGAUUUAUAGCCAAUUGCAAACGAGCGAGCAACGGACAAGAGAGAGGUGUCCAUUUCCGGAAGUCAGAUCGGGGGGUAAAUAAGUAUAUCCCACUUUCUUUUUCUCUUUCAUUUUUUGUAUUUUUUUGUUUUUUUUGUUUUUUCGGAAGUUCUCAUAACUGUGCAGGAAGCAAUAUGUCGAAAGGCAGCAAGCUUCGAUCUGUCUCUUCUCCCUCCUCUUCAAUUUUCCUCUUCUCCUCCUCCUCCUCCUUCUUCUUCUUGAGCUUUUUACUCUGCUGUUCAAUCUUGGCUGUUGUCGGAGAGACACCGUCUUCGUCCCCCUCCCCUUCCCCGCGAAAGAGCGGCAAUGCCGUCCGCGGGUCCAGUAGCGCACCGGCAUCCGGCAAGUCUCCCCCGCGCACGCGCGCUGCUUCCUCCUCCUCAUCUCCCCCUCCCCCCUCUCCCGCCUCUCCUACGCAAAGGCGCGAGCCGUCGUCGUCCAUCAUGGCUGCCCUCAAAGAAGCCCCGCAAUACAGCACUCUAGUGUCGUUGAUCACGAAGGCCAAUUUAACGGUCAGUCUCGAUACCACAUCGCCGUUGACAGUAUUUGCUCCGACGAACGACGUUAUCGAGGCGCUAAACGUGGGCGACACGAAGUUCCUUACGGAUCCCAAGAACGUCGAGUUGUUGAAGCGACUCGUGUUUUAUCAUUUCGUGAAUAGCAAGAUUCUAGCUGUUAAUCUGACGGCUGGGAGGUCGCUGCGCAGCUUGGAGGGGGAGAAUCUGAUCGUUGAAGUCGAGGACGGGACUACGUUUGUGCAAGGCGCAGGUAUCACUGCGGCAGACGACAUCAUUAGAGAAGAUGGUGUCGUUCAUGGCAUAGAUUCAAUCCUGUUUCCGUUGUCGGUGGAGAAUGCUAUGCCCCCGCCUGGCGAGUUUACUGAUGAUACUGCGGAUCCGUCUGAUCAGUCACCCUCUUCUUCUUCUUCUUCUUCUUCUUCGGCGUGGCAGGAGGGCGCGCCUUCGUCUGACGUAAUGGAGGAUUACAGUGGCCCUCCAGACGAAAAGUUUUUGGGGUCUUCGUCUUCUCCUUCCUCCUCCGCUCCCUCUUACUCAGGUGAGCUUGUCGCGGCCCUCAAGGCCCACCCCGAUUACUCGCUAAUUGGCCAAUUGCUGGCUUCUGCGGGCCCGAAUAAUCUCGCUGCGCUGGACUCUCUGGAGAACGACACGUUGUUCGCGCCCAGCAACCAAGGCAUGUCUUCUAGCGUCGAGAUGGCCCAAUUGCUUACGAACGCGACGGCUCGGAAUGAUAUACUUUUGUAUCACCUCUUGGCGGGAAGAUACACUUUCUCGUGGCUUAAGGAGCAUCCAGGCGUGUAUGACAAUUUCACGGGCUUCGAGAUCGUCGUGAGCGGCGGCGGGACCGAGGUUUUCGUAGGCAACGCUGCUUCGUUAGGGCAAAUCGUAACGCCAGACUUGUACGCCAAUCCCAAGAUAGUCGUCCACGGAAUCAACAAGGUUCUUUUGCCGCCGGAAUACGCUGCAGUGCCACCGGCAUCUGCAAGUCUGCCGUUGUCUCUCUCUGCCGCUGAUGAGGUGGUAGCGGUCUCUAGUCACUCGGAGGCUGCUGCUCCUUCGCUCGCUGCAGCCAGCGGGAGUUGGAUACUUGAGGAGUAUCCUGCUGAUGAUGAAGGUUCGUUAGGCUCUCUUGCUCCUAGUUCCUUGGCCGAAGAUUCGUUGGCGCCGAUGUCCGAUGUCGGAGCUCCUCUUCUUGCCUCUUCGCCUUCGGCAGUCGACCCUUCCUCCUCCUCCAUGCAAAUGACCGCCGCUGCUUCCAGCGAUGUCGCCGACGCUACUGCCGGAUUCGUUAGCGCUCUCGCCAGGAACUCUAAUUACACUCAGAUUGCCUUCCUCGUGGGCCAAGUCAGUCCGACUGAUCUUGGUGAAUUGACAAACAACACGCUGUUUGCUCCCAGCAACGAGGCCAUCACGAAUUUCAUGCUUGCCUAUGCCGCAUUGUUAUCUGACAAUGCAAAGCUGGACGAGGUGCUGAAGUUUCACGUGCUCAAUGGCAGUUACAGUGCGUUGUUUUUGAGGACUAAUCCCGGUGAUUAUGGAGGGAAUUUCUCCGUCGUCGUUCAAGGGGACAGUUUGAGAGUUGGCUACUCGUUGGCGCUGGGAUCGGUCGUCGCUCCCGAUUUGUAUGCAACGUCGAGCAUCACCAUCCACGGUGUGGACACGGUGCUGCUCCCUCCUGAGUACGCCGACAUCGAUGUUUCAGACUACGAUGCUGCUCCGUCUGCGCCUCUCGCUUCUACUUUUUCGACAUCCGAGGAGGACAUGCUGGGCUCCUCCUCCUCCCCACCUUCUUCCUCCUCCAUGGAAAUGACUGCCGCCACCGACGCUCCGCUGGAGUCUUCUUCUUCUUCUUCCAGCGAUGGCGCCGGCGCCCUGAGCUCGGGCGCUGCGGACGUUUUCAUUAGUGCUCUCGGUAGGAACUCGAAUUACACCCAGAUUGCCUUCCUCGUCCGUCGAGUUGGUCCGACUUACCUUGGUGAAUUGACAAACAACACGCUCUUUGCUCCCAGCAACGAGGCCAUCACGAAUUUCAUGGUUGCCAAUGCUGCAUUGUUAGGCGACAGGGCAAAGCUAGACGAGGUGCUGAAGUUUCACGUGCUCAAUGGCAGCUACACCGCAUCGUUUUUGAGGAAGAAUCCUGGUGAUUAUGGAGGGAAUUUCUCCGUCGACGUUCAAUGGGACAACAGUUUGAUGGUUGGAUACUCGUCGGCGCGGGGAUUGGUCGUCGCUCCCGACUUGUAUGCAACGUCGAAAAUCACCAUCCACGGUGUGGACAGGGUGCUGCUCCCUCCUAAAUACGCCAAUGGGAGUGCGGACGGCCAUGUUCCAGUCUCCGCUGCUGCCGGCCCGACUGUGCCUGUCCCUGCGACAAACGGCGCCUCCUCCGCCGCUGGUGCAAACGGGCAAACACCCUUGACGAAUUCAUCUUCUUUGCCCUUGGGGAAGACUGCUGCUCGACCAUCGGAAUCUCCCGAGAACAGCGCCGCAGUCGUCAGCUCCCUAUCACUUGGAGCACCUCUGGUGGGGUUCAUGAUCCACUUCCUUUUGUUCUUUCUCAAGUGAGGCGGGCAAGUGGCAGCUGGCGGCAAGUGGCAGCAAGAGGUGGUUGUAUUACAAGAUAAGAGGAGAUUUGGAUGGAGUUAUGGCACCUGUUGGGGUGUUGCGUGUAUUCUGGGCACCUCAGUUGUGCUUUCAGCGCUUUAUUUUUCAUGCCUGUAAUAGAAAGCCUCUCGUGUGAACACUUGGGAAGAGAUGCAUUCAUAGGUUGGAUGGAUGGACAGCCGGAUGGAUGGUUGGCGGAUGAAUCAAAGGGUGGAUGUAUGGAUGCGAGUUGAUGGGCGGAUGGAUACUUCGAUGGCGGGACUCUCGCAUUUUGGCUGUUACGUGCUGCUGCAAGGAUUUGCGAAUGCCCGAUUGCUGCGGAGGGCUUAGUUGGUCCAGUGCAACGGAACGUCCUGCCUGUUGCUUCUCCCAUCUCCAUCGACGCUCCUUGUAGUGACCGUCAAUUUGUGGGCGCAUCUAACUGGUGGUCCCCACAGGUCGAUAGCACUGUGUAUCGUAUUGUGAUCUACGGAGUAUUAAAAUUGGCUGGAAUUUAUGAUAAGGGUUUUGUGGCUACCUGAGAAUCUUACUUUCUUUCAGUGACGUGUCAGUUCGGCAACCUUUUUGUUUUUCUUUUGCAACAUUUCAGCGACAUCGGCCUGCGAGUUUUCACCGAGUGUUUGGCCAGUCAGUGCAACAUUUCUGAAAGAUGUUUCAGUGAGAGUAUCGCCAGUUGGUGCAACAUUUCUGUAGGAUGCUCAAUGCGGCUGCUACAUCGUAGUCGUAGUGACAUCCGAGGAAACAUUUCAGCGAGAGUUUGGCCAGUUAGCGCAACAUUUCGGUCAAGAUGUUUCAGUGCCGUCGUAGCAAACAUUGCCUGGAAAUCUCCGCAGGCUUCACGUGACGCUUCUGCUACGUUCGGCAAUGUUCUCGGAUGUCUUCGUAGGCCGACUGGCUGUGUCCAGGCUCAUCGGAAGUUCUUUUCAUUUUAUCGGAUUCGUGGAUUACACGAGGCAUUUUGUCUGUGUUUCCUUUUUUAUAAAGGGCGACAACGUACGACAAAGGUCUGACUGUCUCGAACAACGGUUUGUGGCGGCCCUUGCAUGCUGAUUCCCAAAUCUUUCAAGAUCAACGUCGUGCUCACCGCAGCAACAAAAGAGAACAUAGGGGCACGGCAUGAAUGCGUCAUGCCGAGAGAAGUAUUGAGCAGCAGAAUUUUUGGAGACGGCAGCGGGGAGGGAGAUAGGGCCGAACACGAUAGCAGUUCUGAAUGGGCCAGCGCUUAGACAGUAGCAACGUAAGCAUCUUGGACGGUAUCGAGAUAGUAUUUUGGACUUCCUUUAGAGACAGGUAAAACAGCAGCUGGAGUUCUGCUGUCCAAAGUUGCAGAUCAGUUAGUGUGUCUUUGCCGUUGUCAAGACUAGCCCUGCCCAAUUUAGUGUAUGCGAACACGUUCUAGUGUGUAUGAGAUACGUUCUAGUGUGUAGUCUGCUUGUGGUUUCGCUUACCUGUGCAUUGAACGGCUGAUGUCCGUUGAAUGCAGAAGGGAGGUAAGUAGAGAGGAGAUGUUGUUGAGUAAGGAGAGGGAGGGCAGCAUGUGGAAAAUUCGGUGUGAAACGGGGAGCUAAAUAAGCGCCCCUGUCUAUCUUCGAGGAUGUAAGGUGCAGUGCAGGAUGUAUUAUGCCCUCGUGGUUUUGCUUACAUGUGCAGUGAACAGCUGAUGUCCAUUUGAAGGCAGAAGGGAGGUAAGUAGAGAGGAGAUUGUUGUUGUUGAGUAAGGAGAGGGAGGGCAGCAUGUGGGAAAUUCGUUGUGAAACGGGGAGCUAAGUAAGCGCCCCUGUCAAUCCUCGAUGAUGUAAGAUGCAGAGCAGGAUGUAUUAUGCUCGUGGUUUCGGUGACAGGCCUGUAGAAUAGCAGAUGUCCAUGCAAACUUGCGAAGGCAUAUUGGAGGUACUCAUAGAGGAGGCCGCGGUUGUUGAGUACGGAGAGGGAGAGCAAGCAGUACCUGGAAAAUUCGGUGUGAAACGGGAAGCGAAAUGUGGGCGCUCCUGUCUAUUCUCGAUGAUGUGAGUUUCGGAGCAGGAAGACGAGAAGUAUUGCCGCCAAUGAUUUUUCAAUUAGCAUGGCGACGAGGAGAGAGCGGAGGUGGACUGCAUGUUUUGUUGAGGAAUGAAAUCAUAAGCAUGUCGGAGUGCAAAGGAUUUUGCGACUCGUCCGAUCUGGCCGCGGAGCUUCAUGUGCUUGUCUGAAAAGUUUGCAGCCCGUCAGGGGUGCAUUUUAUGCCCUCAGAACAUUUUUCGUCGUCGUUCGUUAUACGGUCGUUGGAACGCUGGAAAAACAAGGCAUGGCAGUUUAGGGGGUGGUGGCAUCUUAUUUGAAACUGCAGGACCGGUAGCUGCCCGUGGGACCGCGCACGGGUUUUGGUCCAGGACCUCGUAGGACCGGUAGCUGCGCGUAGGAGGCCGAGGAGGCUGCAGUCCUGUUUCGAAAUUGAAAUGGUGCGGGUCCACUUUUCUCGAAUAGCAUAGUUCCUCGAAUAGAAAACUUACACGUUGUAUUCGAAUACCACCUGUGCUGAUGGCAAAUUUGGAGUUUAUCGGAGGGCAUACUCGCUAGACGACUUUCCUGGAUGUAUGUGGCCGCUUUUCUGACCUGGACCGGAUGCACCUGACCACAAUAUAAUGUCCACACACGACUCCACAGAGGCUGAAAAGUACUGAUGGCAAAUUUGGAGUUUAUCGGAAGGGCAUGCUCGCUAGACGACUUUCCUCGAUGAAUGCACCUGACCACAAUAUUAUGUGCACGCAUGACUCCACAGAGAAGCGGAAAAAAGUCCUAUGCCCAUGCGAGACACAGACUCCGGUGAGUGUGCAGAAAAGUGAAUCAAACAUUUUCUGGUAGCACAGGGGACUGCCUUCAAAGGUCCAUUUGAAAAACAGAGUUUGUUGGGAGGCGGGGAUAGCGCCUCGGCAACAUCGUCUUUCGGAUGCGCGUACAUGGGAAGCUACAGAUUGCAUUGGCGGUCGUUUCUGAACGAAAAUCUGGACGAAGAUCUCGGUGAAAUCUUGUCAUGGCUUUGAGGGGGCCCCCUUUUGGCGGUGCGGUAGGCUCCGGCACCUGUUCCACUAAGGUACAGGGCAGAAGGGAGCGAAAACAAAGAACUCCGAAUUUUCGUCGUAGGCAUGCUGCACUGUUGGUAUGAAGCCGCGGGGCGACCUGCCAGCGUUCGACAUUUCGGACGCGUGGCAGAGGGAUCAUCGUCUGCAGCAAAUGAGAUCAAGCAGAGGUGCAUGUCGACAACACUUUCCAAUUGCCUUUGUGCUCUCCAGUCUAUUUAGACCCUCUUGUUGCUGAAUGCCGCUAUUUAGAGAACUUUUCUUGGACAUUCUUGCAGCGCUUUCGGCUGCAAAGGAACAGAAUGUUUGCGAACAUGGUGAUGAGUAUCCUUGAUUUUCAAAUUUGGAGAGUAAUUAAUUAAUUAAUGUUUCCUAAAAACAAAGCCAGGUUCAACGGUAAGAACUCAGUGGUUGUGUGGUCAAGGAAAGGAAAGAAAAGGAGCCUUUGCAGAGUAUGGAGUUUGACUCUGUGUUUGUAUGUGGAGAGAGAGAGAGAGAGAGAGAGAGAGAGGGAGAGAGAGAGAGAGAGAGAGAGAGAGAGAGAGAGAGAGAGAGAGAGAGAGAGAGAUUCCUUGCUUGAUGUCUGAGGUUUUGCUCAUGUAAUAGCAGUAUGUAUGUGUCACGAACAGGAGUGCGGCUGUUGUUAUGCUAAUGAGGUGAAGGUAUCAUUUGUCUCUGGAUGAGGGAGGCAUGGUCCUCCUUGGCGCGGUUUUGUAGAGAUUAAAUAUGUGCAGGCGAUGGGUGUAUUCUUUGGAAACAUUGUUAGAUUCUAGAAGUGGGGAGCAGAUCAGCUUCAGGAGAUUUUUAGACGGUUAGGGUACGUACGCGUACUUCUCGACAAUGUACUUGACUGGGUAGGCGGAGAACUCCUUAUGUUUCAGCUGAUGUCCUGUUUGUUCACAAGGCUGGUUACAGGUGGUUCUAGCCUCUAGGGAUGCGACGACGUCUUUUCUAGUACUCACUAUUUAUUAUAUAUAUACGUCCGGCAUUGCCAUUUGUUACUCUUCUUUCGUCUGGUUGCCUCCGGUGGCCCUCCGCUAUAAUUCGGCGUCAUCCACUACCCAGACAAGGGUAGUUCUGAAAUCUUUAACCCCCUAGUUCACAGAGCCUAACUUGA